GAAGACUGUGUAGAUAAAUGGUAGUGAACCAGACUGAUCAAAGGUCGCAUGCAGACAGCUACUUUUGCUUUUAGUUUAGAGGAAAUUAUCUAACAAAAUGGGAGCAUUAUCAAGCAUAUCAAACUAUUUUUUUUCAAAUCCGUGGAUAAUUAUUGUCCUUUUUCUUUUGUAUUGCUUCAUUUAUGCAAUGUCAGUUUUAUUUUCGGGCCCAAAACCAGGGAGAAAUCCAUUCUCGGUUGCCCAUGUCAGACCACCAAAACCACUGGUCACAGAUCAUAAAUUGAGGAAAAAGGUACUGAAACAAAGAUUCAAGUCUCAAACCAUUCCAGAGAAUAUAGACACUAUUGUGAUAGGAAGUGGUAUAGGAGGGUUGUCUACAGCCGUGCUUCUAGGGCGUGCCGGCUACAAGGUUCUAGUGUUAGAGCAACAUGAUCGUGCAGGGGGCUGUUGUCACACAUUUAAAGAUAAAGGAUUUGAGUUUGACACAGGUAUCCAUUAUGUGGGAAAGAUGAUGGAAGGUGAUAAGACACGUGUAUUGAUAGAUCAGAUUACAGAAGGACAAGUUGUUUGGGAACCCAUGGACCAGGAAUUUGAUGCGGUUGCCAUUGGUAACCCAGAGAAGGCUAAGUGGUAUACAAUGGCAUCUGGUUCAAAGGAAAUAUUUGCUUCACAUCUGGAGAAACAGUUCCCUACAGAAAAAGAGGCAAUAUCUAAAUUCAUGCAACUAUUAAAGGAUUCAGAUGCUGCCUAUCUAGGUGUGAUGAUUCCCAAGAUGAUCCCCCGUUGGCUUGCCCAGAUAGUUAUAAAGACAGGGAUAUAUGACCUGGUGAUGAGGAAAUAUUUGACAUUAUGUCGGAAAUCAGUAAAAGAUGUCCUGGACGAGCUUACAGAUAAUUCAGAGUUCAAGGCCGUGUUAGCUUACAUAUUUGGUGAUCUUGGUGUUGUGCCAAGCGGAUUAAGUAUGGUGAACUAUGCAUCUCUGAUCAACCACUAUAUACCGGGAGCUUUCUAUCCAUAUGGUGGACCGGGCGAGAUUGCCUUUCAGAUUAUACCCAUUAUUGAGAGAUACGGUGGACGUGUAAUUACCGAUGCCCCUGUCACAGAUAUUCUCAUUAAUGAUAAAGGCCGUGCUCAUGGUGUGCGUGUUUCCAAGAACGGCAACAGUGUUGACUUGUUUGCUAAAAAGAUCAUAUCAGAUGCUGGUGUAAUAAACACAUUCAAACAUUUACUACCAAAAGAAGUAGCGGUCAAAGCUCCAUUAUACAAAUAUAUCCAGGAAGUUGGACCUAGCAUAUCAUAUGUUUCUGUGUUUAUUGGAAUGAAUGGAUCUUCUCAAGAGCUUGGAUUGAAGAAAAGUAACACAUGGGCAUUUUUAAAUAUAGACUAUGAGAAAGAUAUGGAAGAAUUCAAGUCAAAGAGUCUGGAGGAGGCAGUAGAAAUGGAAUGUCCUCUUAUGUUUAUAUCCUCGUCCUCGGCUAAAGAUUCCUCAUUCGAGGAGAGAUAUCCAGGAAAGUCAGUCAUGUUAAUAAUCACACUGAUGCCGUGGGAGUGGACACAGAAGUGGGAGGAAUGUCGAGUGAAACAUCGUGGCGACGAAUAUGAAAAUCUCAAGAUGAAAUUUGGACAACAGUUGUGGAGACAGGUGGAACAACUUUACCCAAGUGUUGAAGGAAAGUUAGACUAUAUAGAUGUGGGUACACCUGUAUCAAACAAGCACUACCUGGGACAACCUGAGGGAGAAAUGUACGGUUUAGAACACAACAUCAGGAGGUAUGAACCAGAUAUAUCCAUGCACCUGAGGGCUCACUCAGGUAUUCCUGGCCUCUACCUAACUGGUCAGGAUUUGAUAUCAGCUGGGUUCAGUGGCGCCCUGCAUGCUGGUCUAGUGACAGCAUCGGCAAUACUUCAUAGGAACCUUCUCAAUGACAUUGGCGAGGUUACCAAGGAGACGAGAAAACUAAUGAAAGCUAAGGUUGACAACGGAAAGAAAUCAAAUUAAAUCAGGACAUCAGAAUGAUAUGACUUGUAUAAUUAGCAUGUGUUAUAAACAUUACUGUGUAGAUGUUGAACUGUGUAGAUCGAGGAUAUCAAUUCUGUUCAGGAAGUUCUUAUGACUGUUGAUUAAAUACGCAAAUUGUUCAUCUGUCA